UUCCCAGAUAGCACCAUCGUCGUCCUUAUAGUAAAUAUUUACAUGAAGUGUAUUAAUAUGAAUCAAGAUAACUGAUCGUAAAUUUGAUUGGAAAAGAGGACUGUGUAGCUUUUGACGGCCACAUGCUAAAGCUGCGACUGGUCACAACUCAUUUUCUAAAACAGCCAUAGAUUUGAGAUGUGUCGUGAUAGAGAUAUGAACCCUUAAAUUUAAAAUAAAAUCGCGUAUCGGAAUCCCAUCUUCAUUCAAUUAAAGUGAUAAUUUUUGUUUCAAUCGUAUCGCGUUGUAUAAAAGUAGAGACCGUUCUUUUUUGUUGUUUAGUGUGUUCGAAACUAGGAAGUAGUUUUAUUAAAAUUGGAAGUGCAUUGGAUAAAAAAGGAACGAAAAGAAUGAAAGGACCCGCCAAGAAAGAAGAAACUAAGAAAGUACCAACCCGAAUAGAUAAUGAAUCGAAAGCAGGGAAAAUCAAGAAAGCAUUGUCAUCGUGCAUAUCCUCAAAAACCUAUUUAGCGCCAACUACAUACGACGAGGCAAAGGCAACAUGUAAAGCGAGAAAAAGAAAAGAGAGACAAGAGAGCAUUAGCUCCCUAUGUCAAGACAGAAAGGUAAUUAGAUCGAAUUCGGAAGAAAGACCAGCUCAAAGAAAGUAUAUAGAAAAAAAAGAUAAUAUAAGGAGAGUAUCCAGUAGUGAGGAUUUUAAGAAAUCUGCUUCUAUAGAAAAGAUAAAUGUUUCUCCCAGUAGGUAUUCUUCAAACGAAAAAGCAAUGGCUUACGAAGAUUACGAGUAUGAAAAGAGAAGAUCUCAUGAAAGAUUUUCUAGACCACUUGCACUUAAAAGCAAGAGGACGCAUCCAAACAAACGUUUAAAAGUUAGAUAUAUUACUAGAGCUAAGUUUAAACCUGAAGUUGAUCAGACUAAAGAAAAUCACAAAUAUGAUUUAGAUUUGAAUCACACGGAAAAUGCAGAAUCACCCCAAAUUUCCAAGUUUUUAAGCAGUUUACAAAAUCCCGAAACCGAAGAUGAAGAUCGAGCUCCAAGCCCUAUUACCAGCCCUAUAUCGCCAGUAUUAGAUUUGAAGACCUUACACGAACAAAUAGACUGCUCUGAACCAGCAUUAUCCAAUUGCAACCAAAAACCUGAUGAUGAACCUCAAAGUCCAAGCAUAUCUCUUGCUAGUAACAGGUUAUUGUUAUCGCCUAGAAACUCUAUUAUAGCUACGCAUCGAAUCUAUUUGGAUAAGGAUGUUCCCCAAAUUAAGAUGACAUUGGACAAUAAACCAAAGAAUCCUGUGGAUGAACGUAUGCAAAAGUUGUCCAAAGAUAUAAAUGCGUUGAAAAGAAAAAUUAAAAAAAAGGAAGUGGAAUUUGAAAAUAAAAAUGGUUUUAAACCGUCGCAUGUGGAUAAACUAAACGAUGGUUCAAUGAAAAAGUUAUAUGCUGAAUUAACUAAGUUAAAGAAGGAACAAAGACAACUCACAGAAGUGUCGGAUAGUUGUUGUUUAAUACAAGGAGAUAAUGGCAAAGAAGAUAAAGUAAAUAUAAAGGAGACCAUUAUGGAUUUAGAAAAGAAAUUGACGUUGAAAAGAGAAUCUGUAAACAGAAGCCAUCAUAUUGAAGAUAUGACUCCCGAGCAGUUGGUUGAAGAAAAAGUGGCCAUACAGAAAGCUCUUUUAUAUCUGGAAUCGUUAUAUGGACGACCGAAUAAUAAAGAAGAUCGAGACAUCGUUAGACCUUUCUAUGAUCGAUAUAGAACAUUGAAAAGAAUGGUGGCAAAAGUUUCAACACAAGCAAGUUUGGAAUUGGCCACAAUCCACGAAGACGAAACAAUGCAUUUUAUAACUCCCCUACCCACGCAAUCGGAAAACGAAGAAGAUAAACCAAAAGUUUCAACUUCCUCGAGUACAGAUAGCGAUACCGAUGUUUCGUCGAUCAGUGAAAAUUAUCAUUCUCUAACCAUAGAUGAACUUUUAUCUGAGUUAAAACUUGUUACCGAAGAAAAAAAAGAAUUAAGAAGAACUAUUAAAGUUUUUGAAUCUAGUUUGCAACUGAAAACAGGAAAAAUGAUCCUAAAGGAAGAUAAAGUGCCAAUGGAGUAUGUGUAUCAUUCGUAUAAGAAAGCCAAGGCUAAAUUAAGGCUGCUUGAAGCGUUGGUUGGAAAACAAAAUUAGGGGAUAUAGUCCUUACGUGCUGGCCACGUAUAAAUUAAAAUCUGUUUAUCUAGUUUUUCUAGAAUUAAAUAAAAUGUUAUGUGUUAACUUUAAUAAUAACAAUAAGUUAGAUCAAUGUUUUCGAAAAAUAUUGUAUUUAUUUAAUGUUAUAAGAAAUUAUUUUAAGUUUUUAAAUUGUA